UUCGUGGUUUUUAACCCCACAGACACUACCAAGUGUCAGUCAGACUUAGGUCUCCUGCCGGCCUUGAAAUGCUGUAAACGAGGCCGCCCCGUGGUGGUCACGUGACUGGCGUGUAGCGUUUUCUCGCCAGGCAACCGUCCUAGGGACCGACACUGCUAGCUACGAUAUGAACGUGAUCUACCCCCUGGCGGUGCCCAAGGGGCGCCGGCUCCGCUGUGAGGUGUGCGAUGCCCCGGCCGAGCGAGUGUGCAGGGCCUGCACUGUCACUUAUUACUGUGGUGUGGUUCAUCAAAGAGCUGACUGGAGCAGCAUCCACGAGAAAAUAUGCCAGCUGCUGAUUCCAGUGCGCACUUCCAUGCCCUUCUACAACUCAGAGGAAGAACGGCAACACGGCCUGCAGCAGCUCCAGCAGCGGCAGAGGCAUUUGAUUGAAUUCUGCUACACUGUAGCCCAGAAGUAUCUCUUCGAAGACAGACAUGAAGAUGCUGUCCCAGCAGCUCUGCACUCUCUUCGCUUCCGCAUUAAUGUGUAUGGCCUGAGCUCAGUAGAGCUUGUGCCUGCUUACCUGCUGUUGGCUGAGGCUAGCCUUGGUCUGGGCCGGAUCGUGCAGGCUGAGGAGUAUCUUUCCCAAGCCCAGUGGACAGUCCUCAAAUCAACUGAAUGUAGUUACGCUACCCACUCUUUACUGCAUCGGAACCUGGGACUUCUCUACAUGGCUAAGGAAAACUAUGAUGAAGCCCGUUAUCAUCUGGCCAAUGAUAUUUAUUUCGCCAGCUGUGCAUUUGGAACAGAGGACAUCAGGACCUCAGGAGGCUACUUUCACCUGGCUAACAUAUUUUAUGGCCUUAAAAAGCUGGACCUGGCAGACACGUUGUACACCAAGGUCUCUGAGAUCUGGAAUAAAUUUUUGGACAAUCACCACCAAGUCCUCUCACAGGCUCACAUCCAACAGAUAGAUUUACUGGGUGAACACUUUGAGACCGACACUGGCUUGGGAUGAGUCCCACAGUGAAGAGUGAGGAUAGUUGGAUGGUGUUGAAGAGGGGAGCCUUCUUGGAGGAGAGGUUUUGAACUGAGCUUUUAAUAAAUUAAUAACUUCAUUGAAUUUUCUCUCAUUAUAUAAGUGGUUCUUCAGAGCAGAAGACUUAGAAAUCACAGAAAUCCAAAGAAAGCCAACCUUAACAUUAUGGUAUAUGUCCUUUCUGUCUUUUUCUCUAAGCUUAAUACUUGAAAAGUGCUUUUAAGUUUCUGGCCCAAAAAAAAAUCAGAAUAAGUGAAUAAAGGCAACUAAAGUUAACUAAAGGACAAAAAUUGUUGGGAGAAAUAGUAAACAGACACUCAUGUGGAGGAAGCAGAAAGGCUAUGGCUGAAGCAUCUUUGUGGUUUGGGAAAGAAGAGUUAAACUGUUUGCAGGUGCAAGAAACCCCAGCUCCCUCUUCUUGCUCUGGAGGGAGCUGAGUUAGACUCAAGGAAUCCUGCUGUGACAAGUUCUCUAUAUUUGGGUCCUAAGAGACCUAGAGUUUGGGACUCGGAAAGAGAGAAAUCUUAGCAACCUUGAGAGCUGUGGCAGUGAGCAUGUUUAAGGUCACCCUGAUAAUGACAUGCUGUGCACGUGGUGGCAGUCUGCAGGUGAAGAACUUGCUGUGGGCUGUGGGCCUCACUAGUGCCCCCAGAAGGCCCAGUGUUCUAACAGCUCAGUGCUUAUCCCUGGGCGUAGGCUCAGCUGCCCCGAGGG